CAGUGCGGCUGUGUUUGACUUUUCAUUCUGAGCUGCAUCUCUGAGCAACAGCAAACAGGAAGAUGGCGGCCCGGACUAUGCAAGCGGCGCGAUGCCCGACAGAUGAGCUGUCGCUGACUAACUGUGCGGUGGUGAGCGAGAAGGAUCUGCAGUCCGGACAACAUGUGACCGUGAAGACCACGCCCACCCACAAGUUUGUCUUCACCGUCAAAAGCCACCACUCGGUGGUGCCGGGGACCAUCGCCUUCAGCUUGCCGCAGAGGAAAUGGGCCGGGCUCUCCAUUGGACAGGAAGUGGAAGUGUCCAACUACAACUUCGACAAGUCCAAGCAGUGCGUGGGUGCCAUGACCGUGGAGAUCGACUUCCUGCAGAAGAAGAGCACAGACAGCAGCCCCUACGACUCAGACAAGAUGGCCAGCGAGUUCAUCCAGCAGUUCAACAACCAGAGCUUCACCGUGGGCCAGCAGCUGGUCUUCAGUUUCUGUGACAAGCUCUUCGGCCUGAUGGUAAAGGACAUCGAGGCCAUGGACCCGAGCAUCCUGAAGGGGGAGCCAGCGUCCGGCAAGAAGCAGAAGAUUGAGAUUGGUCUCCUGGUGGGAAACAGCCAGGUGAUUUUCGAGAAAGCGGAGAGCUCCUCUCUCACCCUGGUCGGGAAGGCCAAGACCAAGGAGGCGCGCCAGACCAUCAUCAACCCUGACUGGAACUUUGAGCGCAUGGGCAUCGGUGGCCUGGACAAGGAGUUCUCUGAUAUCUUCCGCAGGGCCUUCGCUUCCCGAGUCUUCCCUCCCGACAUCGUGGAGCAGAUGGGCUGUAAGCACGUCAAAGGCAUCCUGCUCUUCGGCCCCCCGGGCUGCGGUAAAACCCUCAUGGCCCGUCAGAUUGGGAAGAUGCUGAAUGCCCGCGAGCCCAAGAUCGUCAACGGGCCCGAGAUCCUCAACAAGUACGUGGGCGAGUCGGAGGCCAACAUCCGCAAGCUGUUCGCCGAGGCCGAAGAGGAGCAGAAGAGGCUGGGAGCCAACAGCGGCCUGCACAUCAUCAUCUUCGACGAGCUGGACGCCAUCUGCAAGCAGCGCGGCAGCGCAGCCAGCAGCACCGGCGUCCACGACACGGUGGUCAACCAGCUGCUGUCCAAGAUCGACGGCGUGGAGCAGCUCAACAACAUCCUGGUCAUAGGAAUGACCAACAGGCCUGACCUGAUUGAUGAGGCCCUGAUGAGACCUGGCAGGUUCGAGGUGAAGAUGGAGAUUGGUCUGCCGGACGAGAAGGGCCGGAUGCAGAUCCUCAACAUCCACACCUCCAAGAUGCGCGAGUUCAAACUGCUGGCACCAGACGUGGACCUGGGAGAGCUGGCCACCGAGACCAAGAACUACAGCGGCGCCGAGCUGGAGGGGCUGGUCAGAGCGGCCCAGUCCACUGCCAUGAACCGCCACAUCAAGGCCAGUGCAACUGUGGAAGUAGAUAUGGAGAAGGCUGAGAAGCUGCAGGUCUCUCGAGCAGACUUCAUGGGCUCUCUUAACAACGAUAUCAAGCCAGCUUUUGGCACAAACCAGGAGGACUAUGCCAGCUACAUCAUGAACGGCAUUAUCAAGUGGGGCGACCCUGUGACCCGUGUCCUGGAUGAUGGGGAGCUGCUGGUCCAGCAGACGAAGAACAGCGACCGCACACCCUUGGUGUCUGUACUGCUGGAGGGACCCCCUCACAGUGGAAAGACUGCCCUGGCUGCCAAGAUCUCAGAGGACUCCCAGUUCCCCUUCAUCAAGAUCUGCUCUCCGGACAAGAUGAUCGGCCACUCCGAGAUCUCCAAGUGCCAGGCCAUCAAGAAGGUGUUCGACGAUGCUUACAAGUCCCAGCUGAGCUGCGUGGUGGUGGAUGACAUUGAGCGUCUGCUGGAUUACGUCCCGAUCGGGCCCCGCUUCUCCAACCUGGUCCUGCAGGCCCUGCUGGUGCUGCUGAAGAAGGCUCCCCCGCAAGGCCGUAAGCUGCUGAUCAUCGGCACCACCAGCCGCAAGGACGUCCUGCAAGAGAUGGAGAUGCUGGACGCCUUCAGCACCACCAUCCACAUCCCCAACAUCUCCACCGGGGAGCACCUGGUGGAGGCCCUGGAGCUGCUGGGCAACUUCACCGACAAGGAGCGGGCCACCAUCGCCCAGCAGGUCAAGGGCAAGAGGGUGUGGAUCGGGAUCAAGAAGCUGCUGAUGCUCAUCGAGAUGUCCCUGCAGAUGGACCAGGAGUACAGAGUCAGCAAGUUCCUGUCGCUGCUCAAGGACGAGGGCGCAGACCGCAGCUUCUACGAUUAGAUCCACUGCACCAGCACCCAUCAGGGCAGGAGAGCGAAGAAACGAGAGAGCGAAAAGACGGAGGGGCCAGGAGAAGAACAUGUCCGCUGUCCAAUAUUUACCAUCCACCUGCCAAGACAGAGAGGGCCCCCCCUCCUUCUCCUUUAAUACUCCAUUCUGCAUGUUUUUAAUGGUAACCAUAGCCCCCUUUACUGAUUCCAUCUUCAUAUCAAAAAAAUACUCACAUGCAUUAAUAUCUGAGUACUUACUGUUCUGAUAUGUCUCGUGUAUAAAUGCAGUUUUGAUGGUAUGUACUGUGUCUUGUGCUCUGUGCUGGUAGCACUGCAUCGUAUGCAUUUUAUAUAGAUAAAGUAUUGAAAUAUCAGCCUAUGGAUGUGCUUUUAGUGUGUGAGUAUAGUGGAUAUACAUAAGUAGAAGAAGUGCUGUAUGUAGCGUGUAUAUGCAUACCUGUUGUGUCCACUUAAUUUAUAUAUUUUUGUAUAUAGUAUAUAUAUAUAUAUAAAAUAUAUAUAUAAAAUGCAUAGGAUGAAUUAUUGCUUUAAGGAGCGUCCCAUAAUGUCUUUCUUAAUUUCUCCGUAAUUUUCCUUAUAUGUUAGUGUUUUUAAUUUUGUGAAGAAAAAUUUGUGUUAUUGUAAGUAUACCUGCUGUUUGUCGAGUUGUUGUCUGAAUGGAGCGUUGGACAGUUCACCACCUUUAAAACAGAAGAGGCAAUCCAAAAAAAAAGAGAAAAUACACGCAGAUUACUGUUCAGAUCUGUUUUGUGGCAUUUUGUGCUUUCAGUGCAGAAUAUUUGUGAAUCCUUGCGUGUGCGUGUGUGUGUGUCUGUGUGAGAAAAACGGAAGCGGGUCAGUGAGUGACCAU